UAUCCCGAUGACAACCGGCGAUAAUAAAAACGAGGGCAACGCAGUUCGGGUGCAACGUAGGGAGUAUGACGAGGACAUGAUUCCAACUGGAACUGGGCCAGUUGUGGUGGUCACUCAAUCUCGCAAGAUGUCCAUCUAUGGACCGAAUUUCAAUUAUGGACCAAUUCAAUUGCGCAAACAGAGGCUCUUGGAGAAGAUGAAGAAGGAGGCGGAAACUGCCAUGGAAAAAAGAAUUGAAGAGCUGAGAAUGGCUCAGCGUAUUCUCGACGAACAACUCAGAAGCAAACAAGUUGCAGUACAGCAAGUUCUAACCGAACGCAAGCCUUGCAACGUUGAAAACACUCAGAAGAACGGAUCGACUCAGCAAUACCAACACCACAGCGCUGUCUAUGCCAUUAAGCCUUAAUAUUCUGAGGCCACUACAAACAAUAAGAAUCCAUAAUAACAACAUCGACAAGAACAAUACCAGUAAUAAUAAUAUUAAUCUGUUUUUAUGAACAUUGGUUUACCAUAUUCAAACCGGCAUUUCAACUAGACCAAGAAUGACUUAGACACCGCUUUGUAUGCCGCAUUCUUGCAUUGCAUAACACAUUUUCUUAUUAUCAUCUUCUCAACGAUCCAAUGAUCGAACUCCAUUUAGUUUUCCCAGUGUCUACAUCUUCUCUCUCCCAAUCAUCCUCCAUCACAUUCGCUUUUCUAAAACAUUUUUGUUCGAUCACAAGGCUAGACCACAUUUCUUCGCCUAUGAUGUAUUUUUUUGAAUUGAACGAUUUUCAAAUCUAAAUUAUUGUUAACAGGGAUUUCCAAUCGGCUUGAGUUGCACUGACUCAAACUUUCCUUCAACUCAAAUUUUCCAUAAAUUUUUUCUCCACAUCGGAAAAUUGAUACCAACAAUGAAGAUGCUUUGUGUUAAA